AUAGGUAGUAUAUUUUCCAUCCAGGGUUUUACUAGGUUAUAUUGACUUUGCCAAACCUUGGGUUGUUUUAAGUAUUGGCAGCAAAGAAAUUAAUGUUUGUUUUUUAACCAUGUGAGAACAUAUGAAAGGACCAAAAUGGAAGAUUUCGUCCCAUGCUCUCCUCAUGGAGAAAUGAAACACCAAAUUUUCUAUCAACUUAUAUACAGCCUUCAAAUCAAUAUUUUCUUUAUUAGCCUGAAUGAACACAAAAAAUACGAAGCUCAAAGAAAAUUACACUUGUCAUUUGCCUUCAUCAGAAACUGUCGGUUCCAAACCAGAGUGCCUAUCCGCCUCACUAGUAUCAUCAUUAGAAUCCUUCGAAUACUUUUUCUUCGACCUCUGUUUUUGCUUAUGCUUUCUCGCCUGUAACUUCAAUAUCUUCUUUCCUGUCUUUGAGCUCUCACCAUUAGUAAUUAAAUCUAGUUUUUCCUU